AAAUUUUGGACGGAUUACUCUUUUAUGCUACAGGCCAUAUUAACAAAGAUUCCAGAUUACACAGGAGGUAGCCCUCGCUGCAGAUAUCAAAGUUCACUGCGCAUCUUUGAAUUUUUGAUUGGGGGCGCCUAGAUGGGGUGUUUCGGUAAAUGGCCACUACUCAAGAGGCAGCUAUGAACUUUGAACUUAUGCGUCGGGGCGUCGUUAGCUGGUGGUCGUGAUAAAGGUUACUUUAGCUUGUACAAACACUGGGAGUCAUUCGGAAUAGUGUGCCUAAUUGGUUGUCCCAGAGGAGACAGGAGAUUAAAGACCGGGUCCCAUUACUAGAUCUGUUUCUCGCUCAUAGCGAGGCAUUAUGCACUGAUCAAAGGGAUAGGUUCUUUGGCUUGUGUAGCCUUGCGGAGGAUUGCUGCACUAAGACCACCCCUGCAGAUUACAGGAAAUCACUCUUCGAAACAACAUCUGUGGUUACACUUCACCAUUUCAGUCGCUAUGUUGAUAAAAUCGAGCCCUUGCAUUUUCAGCGUCCUAUCUGAUCAACCAAGCUAUCCCAAAGAACGAGAGUAUGAUCCACCGAGCUUCUAGUGUCCUAGUCCCCGAUCAUAAGUUGCUGUCACCAGUGAAAAGAGAACGCAUAGUAUUGCAAGCCCUUGUCCU